UGUUGAUCACCAUACAUACUGGUCUUCCAUAUCAUAUAUACGUUUAUCCAGAAAAUUCUUUAGCUCGAAUGCUCCGAAUCAAUCAUUUUCUCUGUACGGAAUAACAUGUCGUUCCAUGAAUAAGAGUUUCUACGCGACUGAUCAAUCAAGAAAAGUGCUAAAAUAUUUCGUUCGAAAGUAGUGCAGUUUACGGUGGAUACUAAUUUUCCCCUGUGAUUUUAUGAGUCGCUUGAAGUUCGAUGUUACGAUGAGACUUAACCAAAGUGUUAUAAAAAUAUGAAUUCAAAGUUGUUUUUUUUACAAGUGACUGACUCGCUACGUGCUCUUAGGAACUCAGAAUGAGAUUAAACGACAUCGAGCUGCGAGCAUUUAAUGAUCAAUCAUCGUUUUUGACAAUAACAUUAUUUUCAAUUAAUCGCGUUUCCGGAAUUUCAAAUCCCAACGGUGAAAUAACCAAGUUACGGUGAUUUCAACGCGAAAAGGCGCUACUGUCGACCCAGAUAAAGUGCGGGAGAGUCGAAAAGAUAAAUAUUGAAUGGAAAAAACUGUACUUGUUCAUUAGAAUUCUUUUCUUUGAAUCUAACGAAAUGUUGAAAAUAACAAGUGCUUCAAAGAGCGCAGGAAAAGCCGGAGUUGUGAGUCAACCAUUGCACGAGGGAAAGUUCCUGGAGCUUCCUAGGAGCACAGGGAAAACAGUCCUAAAACCUCAGCUCAUGAAAGAUAUUUUGGGACCAGUGGAAUGGGAAAAAGCAAGAAGAUCUCUUUAUGGUGCUGAAGCUGGAGUAAAUAACCAUGUAUUGGGCUCAUCGAAGAGCGAAGGCAGGACGAACAAUCGAGGAUUGGGUCGGACACUACAACCUGAGAACAUGAAACACUUGAUGGAAUCAAUGGAGAAAAUGCAAGCUGCUAGGCAAUCAUCUCGUGUGUCAAAAAUGGAAGUGCGCAACCAAAAAGUGCGCCGUAAACUCUACAGUCAUUUGGCACCUUCGCCAAAGCCAGUUGCAAAGAAUAAUCCAAUAACGAGAAAAAGUGAGAUGAAACCACGGAAAUCUUUUGCCGUCGAUGUAAUAACCAUGUCAACGAGUGUUGCUCCUCCAAGGAGAAGUAAUCUUGUACCACCGAAUUCAAUUCGCGACAAGUACAUCCGGCAACAAGAUAUAAUUAAGGAAGAAUUGACUGUAUCGAUCAAAUGUCAAUCUAUGAAUUCUACGAUAACCCAAAGCGACAAAAUGAUUUAUUCAAAUGGUAAGAAAAACGAAGAAAAAAACACUGAUACCGAAGAAAUCACAGAUGUGCCAGUGGAAGAUGUGGAAAAGGACAAUAUCGACGAAUCUGAUGAAUUAGCAAAUUCUUUGACCCACAAAAAUAUUCCAAAUGAUAUCCAAACCUGUGAUAAAACGACAAAAAACGAAAUAGUACGGCCUUCUGUUAUAAUGGGAAUAUCUGCUAAGAAAUUGCAGAAAGAACAAUCGUCGAAAUCAGAGGACAACGAAAAAACAAAAAAUACUAAACCAAACGGAUCUCUAAAUGAACCGAGCAGAAAAACGUUAUCACGUGAAACAAAAAUGGGUGAAACUGAAAGAUUGCCGAACAAUAAUUCUCAAGAUAUUUCUCAUUGUGAUAUCAGCGAAUCGUUUUAUCGCUACUUACCACAAAAUUCGUUCCUCACAUCUACGGUACCAUCGGGGAAUUCUGUUGUUUCUGUAGAUAGGGAAACGCUGCAAUGGAUUCAUGGAAAUUUGAAGCUUCAAGUUCAAAUGGCCGAGGAUCAAUUGUUCUCGAUGAAACGAAUACUGAAAACUUUUGAGGAUUUAAUAAAAGAUCAAGAAAAAGUUGCAACUGAAGGAAUUGAAUCGCUCAUUGUAUCUAAAGAUAUUCCUAUCAUGAAAACAGAUGAGGUUGAAAAUAUGGAAGCAGACAAAGAAAACAUAACGAUUGAAAAAGCUCAAAAAUCUUCCUGCGAAAUUGUAACACUCGAAGAAUUAACAAGAAUUGCACCAAAAGCAGUUUCGUCGAGUCCCCUGAAUGAAUGUUUGUCCCUAGAAGUGGACGAUCAAGACAAAGAGAACAAAAAAAGUGGAGAAAAACCACGGAGACGUUCCGCGAGAUUGGCCAGAAAAAAUUUGCAGUCAUCAAGUUCAUUGGACGACAGUUUUUCUUCGAUUGAAAAAGAGUUGAACAUUGUUCACAAUAAAACAAAGGGAGCAACGCCAGUGAAAACGGUAUCUAAAAGCAAGGUUGAUCCACGUUGUCGUCGAUCGGUGCGCGAGUACAUGGCCCUCAAAUCUGCAACGAACUUUUUGGCAACCCCUGAUGUAAAAGGAGUCAAAGCUGCUAUAAAAGAAAAAUGCACGCCUUCGAAAGUUCGAAGCGCCCAAAGAGAUUUGUCGCGAAAAGUUCUGCACGAGCUGGAAGAUCUCUAUGCCGAAACUCCUUAAAUUUUAUGUUUGACGAAGUGCUCUAUUGUGAGCCUUAGAUUGAGGGCAGAUUGACUGAAUUUCUUUAAUGCUGUCAUUGGUUCUGGUGACUAUUAUAAUUUUCAAUUAGAGGAAUUCGAAUGUAUUGUAUCCAUCGUUUGAUCGACAAUUUUUCUAAUCAAAUAUGUAAUAUAUAUAUGGAAUUCUAGAAAGAUAAUGAUUUACGUAUGUGCUUGCACAAUAAAAUAUCGGUCCAUAACCUUCGGGAAAAAUGAAA